AUGAACGCGUGGGAUACCCCCCGUGGCCGGCUGUCGCGCAUCGGUGAGUAUGAUCUGGGACGCACAAUCGGCCGAGGGGCCUAUGCGCAUGUACGUGAGGCUACCCAUCGAGAGACUCGACAGGUGCUCGCGUGCAAGAUCCUUCCCGCCCUUCAUAUCCCGGGUGUUCCCCUCACACGAGACAAGACCCUCGACGCGUGCGAAGCCUACAAAGAAAUCGUCCUUCUUAAGGCGUUUGGCGGUGCUGGUAUCAGUGGCGUCGUUCAGCUGGACGGCAUGAUGGAAGAGGAUGGCUGGACAUACGUCUUCAUGAAGUGCUACGAAGGUGAUCUCAGCAAGAAUCGGGACACCGUCAAAGGUGCUGCUGUCAUUCCGUUCUUUCGCGCGCUCCUCCGCACUGUCGAGUCGCUUCAUCUUUUGGGCGUGAGCCACGAGGAUAUCAAGCGCGGCAACAUUCUUUUUUUCAAGGAGAGCGGCAAGGUUCUUCCCAUUUUGGCGGACUUUGGGUUCUCACAGUUUCUCCCUAAAGGAGGAAAGGUCAAGAGCUUUGGCGGCACUGUUGAUUACUCAAGCCCGGAGAAGGUGGCGGACCUGAGGUACGAUCCAUUCGCUAGUGAGGUGUGGUCGCUCGGCAUCAUCCUCUGCAAGCUGUUUCGCUACCCUCAUCCCUACGUCAAAGGUGAUAGGUGCACCUCGGAAGAGCUCAAGCAGAAUAUUCUUUACGGAAAGCCUACAUGGCAUUGGAGUCAGGAGCACUUGCGCGAAGGUGGCAUCGCUGAAGUCAUCCGGGGGAUGCUGCACCGCGAUCCAGAUUCGCGCUGGACAAUCCAGGACGUCCUUACACACCCAUUAUUUCUCGAUCCGCAUGAUCUACCAGCUUAUGAUAUCCGCGUCAACUCUCGGACUCGCCUGGACUGGAACAUCAAGAAGCCUGUCUCUCACAACGUCCUCAUGGAUGUCUGCUUCCUCGCGCAGCAAGCAGGUAGAUUUCGCAUUCCUCAGAAUCCUCAGACGCUGGAACAGAAGAUCUAUGGUCGCCACCCGCAUUGGCAGCAGCGCUGGGCCUCAAUGCUUACCAAGUACGAGCUAAACCGCGAGGUCAAGGACUGGGUCGACAUG